AUGACACGCCACAGCCGGACAGCGCUGGUCAGCUACCAGGAGCCGGGGGAGAGCAGAUCACAGACCAGUCUCAACGCUCCUGAAAUGAAGCGCCAGGCCCUGAAGCUGAAGGAGGAAGAGUGCGGGCUCUGCCACCGGGCUGACUCUGACCCUGACACCUACGGGCAGAAAUGCCAGCGGGGUAAGCUGUGUGUGCACGAGAACUGCCUGUACCACGCCAGCGGGCUGCUCCAGAGGGGGCAGGACGAGGAGGGAUUUUACGGGUUCCUGUAUCCGGACAUCAGACAGGAAUUAAAGCGGGCAGUUCAGAAGACCUGCUGUGUGUGCGGCUGCAAAGGGGCAUCCAUCGCCUGCCAGGGCAGCAAGUGCAGCAAGAACUUCCACUUCCCCUGCGGCUCCGAGAGAGGCUGCAUCUAUCAGUUCUUCGGGGAGUUUAAAUCCUUCUGCUGGACCCACCGGCCGGUGCAGCGAGUGAGACGGUGGCAGCAGCAGGCGGAAACCAUCUGCGUCGUCUGCUUGGAGUCCAUGCCGGGGAAACCCUCCUACAGCGCCCUGGUGUGCCCGGCGUGCAAGCACGCCUGGUUCCACCGAGGCUGCAUCCAGGGACACGCUCUCCGUGCUGCCUUGUACCAUUUCCGAUGCCCCAGGUGCCGGGACAUGGGGACAUUCCAAAGAGAGAUGUUUCGAAUGGGCAUCAAAAUCCCUGACAGGUCGGUUCCCUUUCUACCUUCACAAAGAGCAACUCAUAGAAUCACACUCACAGACGUUCACACAACACCCGCUCAAAUGUUACAUCGCAAUGUGGAACGCAGCUCUCACACGGACGCCGCCUGGGAGGAAGACGGCGCGUUCGGCGACCAGUAUCACAGACACAGCCAGUGUGACGCCGGCUCCUGCCUGUACGUGGGCGGCAGAGAGCAAUCCGCAGAGGACGGCCCGUGGCAGCUGCUGCUGUGCACCUCGUGUGGCUCCCAGGGGACCCACCGCCGCUGCGCCUCGCUGGGGGCCUCUGCGGGCACGUGGGAGUGUGAGGACUGCGCGGGGCCAGCAGGGGCGGGUAAGGAGCCUCUGGGACGAAGGCGCCCGGCCCUGGUGGGGAGUUUGUCUGGAGGGGAGCUCAGGGCUGAGGAUGUGGCCGUUUCUCUCGGCGGGCGUCGGUGA